CCACCCCUGACCUGCCGUCAAGUAAAACGUGGCGGGAUCCACUCCACGUUUUUCCCCGCACCCUCAUUAAGCGCCGGGUACGUUUUUAUGAGGGGAAUUAGGGGGAAAUAACAGGGGCACAACAAACGAGAGGGGCGUGCGGAGUAACAGGAAAACGUCGCUAUGCGCUGACAGAAUGAGGGAAAGCGUGAAGGAGGACGGGGGGGGAUCAGGACGUCUUCCCUUGCUGCCGCCGCCGCCGCCGCGUUUUCCCGGAGCAUCUCCACCUUCGCCGGAGGAUGCUGCGUCUCUCCAACCGCUCGUAACAAUCACAACGCGGACAGUCUCCUCCGCCGAAUCCCACCGCGAUUGACGCAACGCGCGGCGGCGGGAAGACGCCGUGCGAAGAGGCGGACGGAUCGUUGGGCAGGUUUUUCCUCGGAGCAUCCGCGGGGAUUUUCUGCGCUCCCCGGUCGCAUCGCCGUCGACUCCUGUUAGACGCAAAGGAGGGAACGAGACAGACUCGAGCAUCUCCUCGCGGCUACGUUGUUCGACGGCAUCCGUUCCUCGGGCUCAACAGAUCCCAGUGUCUUUGUUUGACACCUUCCGUGCAUGAUCUCGAGAUCGGGCUGGAAGUGGCCGAUGGCCAGGCGCCCCGAAUUUUCUCAGGAGGGGGACGCAACCUAAAACAACCCCGGUGCCAAAUGCUUUCCGCACAUCGCGAGCCGAGGGAGCCCUGAAUCUGUGACACGUACGACUUCUCCAGAGACUGUCCCCCGUCCUGCCCCCCCCACCACCACCACCACCACCACUCGAAGCCCGGGCACCGGUGACUUUUUAAUGGCUUUUGUGUUCCGAAGAUGGAGGGUUUUACUGCUGCUGAACGUGCUGGCCGUAGCCGGGUUCAUGACUUUUUGGGCCAAGUGCAACACGCGCAGCGUCCAAGCCGCCGGUCCGGAGGCUCCGGCUGACUGGAAGAGGCCCCGGGGCAACGGCACGGCGCAGGGGCCCAGCAUCAGCCAUGAGGUGCUGCUGAAGAGGCUCAGCUCGCUGGAGGACGUGGUGUACAGGCAGUUAAACGGUCUGUCCAAAUCUCUGGGCCUGAUUGAAGGCUUCGGGGGUCGGGGUAAAGGCGGCUUCCCUGCCACGUUGUCUCCAGCCGAGGAGAGCGACGCUAAAUACCUGAGGGAGAAGUACGGCUACAAUGCCUACCUCAGUGACAGGAUCUCUCUGGACCGGACCAUACCAGACCACCGUCCCAGCAAAUGCAGAAAGGUCAGCUACCCGAGAGACCUCCCCCAGAUCUCCCUCAUCUUCAUCUUCGUCAACGAGGCUCUGUCCGUGAUCCUGCGCUCAGUCCACUCAGCUGUCAAUCACACGCCGGCUCAUUUGCUCAAAGACAUCAUCUUGGUGGAUGACAAUAGCGAUGACGAGCAGCUGAAAGGGCCGCUGGAGGAGUACGUGAACAAGCGCUACCCCGGCCUGGUGAAGAUCGUCAGGAACCAGAAGAGAGAGGGACUCAUCCGGGCCAGAAUCGAGGGCUGGAAGGUGGCCACCGCCGAGGUGACAGGAUUUUUCGAUGCCCACGUGGAGUUCACGCCAUCCUGGGCGGAGCCGGUUCUGGCUAGAAUAAAAGAGGACCACAAGAGGAUCAUCUUGCCCUCCAUCGACAACAUCAAGCACGACACGUUCGAGGUGGAACGCUACGAGAACUCAGGCCAUGGCUACAACUGGGAGCUGUGGUGCAUGUACAUCAACCCGCCCAAACAGUGGUGGGACGAGGGAGACAUGUCUGCUCCCAUCAGGACUCCCGCCAUGAUCGGCUGCUCCUUCGUGGCCAACCGCGAUUACUUUGGCGAGCUCGGCCUGCUCGACUCGGGCAUGGACGUCUACGGAGGGGAGAACAUCGAACUGGGCAUCAGGGUGUGGCUGUGUGGAGGCAGUAUGGAGGUGCUGCCUUGUUCCAGGGUGGCUCACAUUGCACGGAUGAAGAAACCCUACCACAGUAACAUAGCUUUUCACACACGGCGUAACGCUCUACGCGUGGCUGAGGUCUGGAUGGAUGAAUACAAGUCCAACGUCUACCUGGCCUGGAACAUCCCCAUGGAGAACCACGGUAUUGAUUACGGAGACAUCUCUCAGAGGGUUGCCCUGAGGAAGAGUCUGCAGUGUAAGAGCUUUGAGUGGUACCUCGACAAAGUUUACCCAGAGAUGAGGAGGUACAACAACACGCUGUUCUAUGGCGAGAUUCGUAACUCUAAAGUGAGCCAUCUGUGUAUGGAUCAGGGCAUGAAGGAGAACCACACGGCCACCCUGCAUCCGUGUCACGGAUGGGGUCCUCAGUUAGGACGUUACACCACAGAGGGUCAACUGUUCCUGGGCCCUCUGGGCAGCACCGGGGAGGACACCCGCUGUGUGGUGGACGAUCAGAUCAGCAGCUUUCCUCAGCUCCUCAACUGUGACAAAGUGACCAACAUUAAGCAGAAGACUUGGCAUUUCUCUCAGAACGAAUCGAUCAUAAAUCGAGCCACAGGACGCUGUCUGGAGGUGUUGCCGGCCAACGUUUACUUCGGCCACCUGCUGGUCCUACAGCCCUGCUCCGGGCAGAGGUGGACCAUCAAGAACACCAUGAGGCAGUAGUCGACUGGCCCCUUUUCACCGGGAACAAUGAAGCCGGAGGCCAUUUUCAAGAGCUGUCGUCGGAGCUAAGGUUGGCCGGGCCACAACCGAUGAGGCCAGAGGCUCCUCGUCUUCUCAAGAAAAGAUGGAGAUGGUUUAAAAGAGAUAUGAGCCGUGAACAUCUCAGUGAUACGAGUUUGGUGAAAAAUGGUUGAAUUUCUUACAAACUGGACAAUUCAAAAUGAUGCAAGUUUCGCAUGAGGACCGUUUCUCUCUCCAUCCGACAAACUUUCAGUGUGAUGUUGCCAUAAUUCCUGAAUGUGCCACUUCUUCUGUUUAAGGAUGGAGCCAAAACUGUGUUCUGUCUAAUGUGGGGGGAAAAAGUAAGGUGUCUGUCUCCAUCCUCAAAACGUCUCUGCUUAUUUCAUUCUGUACAAUGAUGUUAUGUCUUUCAAGAUGUAUUAAAAAAAAAAAAACAGCUGGAAUUUAAUUUUCAGUAAUAUGCAUUGACCAGAAUACAUUAGUAGUUUGUGUUAGGCGUAGCUUAAAACACCUGAAAAUGAAGGAAUGCCCAAAAAGUGAUUUUUUUAUUUUCUUCUUACAAAAGCCUAGACCCUGUAAAUAUUUAUAAUUUGAAGAAAAAAAAAGCAUAAACAAUAAAUAUUACUUGGUGUAUUGGGGCCGACAUUUUUGCCAUUAUUGUAAAUCAUCUCAAACGGCCUCACAAAUCACAUUUUUGAAGGCUUCUGGGGUAAAACCUGGUCUCAUUUAGUCGUGGACGCAUUUGUCUUUUAUGGUCAUUUUUACUUAAAGCAUUCUGUAGCACCAAAUGCAGAACACCUUGUAGCAUGACUGUGAGUACCGUAUGCACAUGGGGACAAAGUUGAGUUGAGCUCAGUCGAUUUUAUUCUGAUACACGCCGACUGCCGUGACUUCUGUAGACGGCCAAAACGAACAAAGCACUUUUUUUUUUUUUUUUUUUGGACACAGAGAUAGCAAUGCAGUCUACGAGAGGGAGACUGAAUCAGGAAUGGAAAAAGGCACAAGUGUACAGAGUGUGGAAAAGCUGGAGGCCUUUAAAGCCACUAUUGUUAAUGUAAUGAUGUAUAUGAUGUCAUAUAUUCAGUU